AUGGACCUCAAUGGGGUCAAGAGGAGGGACACCACCAAAGGCCCUCCUCUCCGCAUCUUAUCGCUAGAUGGCGGAGGAGUCCGCGGCUACUCGAUGCUCAUUAUUAUCCAAGAACUCAUGCACCGUACCUAUGUCGAGAUAGAAGGAAGAGCACCUCACCGAAACGAAAUCCCCAAACCAUGCGAUCAUUUCGACCUCAUUGUCGGAACCGGAACUGGAGGCCUCAUCGCCCUGAUGCUCGGCCGACUGCGCCUGGAUUUGGAGACUUGCAAGCAGCUGUACGUGCGACUUACACGUAUGGUCUUUGAAACCGACAAGACUAUUGCCGGAAUUCCCUACCGUUCAACGCUGUUCAAGGCCUCCAAACUCGAGGAGGCCAUCAGGGAGGCUGUCAGAGAACACACUGUCUACGACAAAGAGGGCAAUGAUGGCACCGAGAGCGACAUGAUCAGCCCCCUUAAUUCGGGCGCUUACUCCGCAUCCUCGGGCCCUCGCAGGCAUACUAGCAACGCCAGUACUGUCAGCUUCAGUGCACGCAGCCCGCAGGCUCAAAUGGCGCGGCCGGCCUUCAACUCGCGAUACGGCAACCCGAACGCCAGACUGUACGAUGCUCGAGAGAACAGAACCAAAACGGCUGUCUUGGCAAUGUACAAAGGCUCUCGCAGGGGCAGCCCCGCCGCAAUCUUGCGAUCCUACGACUCUAGGAGGGAACCCCCUCCAGAAUUUGACUGCAAAAUCUGGCAGGCUGGUCGGGCAACAUGCGCCAUUGGCCUCGCAUUCAAACCGAUUCAAAUCGGACAAUCUGUUUUCCACGACGACGGCGCAGGCACUUUCAACCCGGCUCCCGAGGCCUUGGACGAGGCGGUAUUGAACGAGUGGCCAGGCCGGGAGGUUGGUGUUUUCGUCAGCGUUGGAACCGGCAGAAGGCCCAAGGGCAGCGACGCCAACCAGCAUGUCUGGUACGAAGGCUUCAUGGGAGAAUUCGCUGAGGCUCGCCGAAAGCUCAUCUCAAAAAUCGAGGGCUGCGAGGCGAUCCACGAGCGGAUGACGAAGGAAUACCUCUCGAAGAGGAACGUUAGCGUCGACAACUAUUAUCGCCUGAACGUGGAGGUUGGAGUCGGCGAGUUUGGUAUGAACGAAUGGCACCGUCUAGCCGACAUCAGCACCGGCACGCGGCAAUAUCUCAGGCGGGAAGUCGAGCAGAAGAUGGUCCAGGGCGCAUCGGCAAAGAUGGCCAAGAUUCACAAGGCAAACAUUCGGUUUGCCCGUUUGCCGGAUGUUCCCGAACUUGUCAAGUCAAACUCGGAGGCCAGCGAACCGUUUGCCAUCGAGCUGCCAGCCGAAAUACCGUCUUCUUGGCCACCGCACAACACACCGCCCAGUCGACAGUCAUAUGAAUCCGGCAUGGAAAACCUGCACGUCCCUUCACCUAUGAGUCCCUCGCCCAGGAGCUCUGGCGAGAGAUUCCACUCGCCGAUGGCACCAAAGAUGGGAACACCGCCCGUUAGCCAACGGCCUCCGCCAAGUGUACACUCCGCUGAUGAGGACGAAGUUGACCGUCUCGUGGUCACGGCGCCCACGCCUGCCCAGUACAAAUACGCAGCCGGUGCGGACAAGAUUGCCAUCAUGAGUCCAGACGAGCAUCCUAGAUGGCAAAGCCCGCCGCCAAAUGGCCAUCUGCAACAGUCACAACUACCAAGAAUCCCUCCGCCGCUACCUCCCAAGACACCCCUUCCGGAGCAUCAAAUGGGUGGAGCUCGUCGUCCGAUCGGCAACAGCCCGCUACCCUACCCCGUCGACGACGAGCCCCCACCGGUCAACAUGGCAAGGAAGCCGGACUACCGCGGAAGUGCGAUCAGCAACAGCCAUGCGGCAACUGCCAACGUCGAUUCCCUCAGCCAGUAUGCGAGUACCGCGUGGGAAAGGUCCUUCAGCGGCUCCGACUCGGACCCAGCGGCGACUGGCUCCUCACCGGGCAGCUCAUCAUGGCCAGGGGCGGAACAGCUCGAUGGCAGCCACAUGCUCACAGUGGCACCGGCAAUACUCAAACUGACGUUGGGUGAUUCUCGAUGCAAGCUCGACAUGAAUCCAUCCGACGCCUCUCAACAAGUCCUCACAUAUCGCCGCGCGUUCCCCAACCUGAUCCUGGGAGCCGAUAACGACCAUCAGAAAGAUGAAUGGACACCAGAGGACGAGAUCAUACCUGUAUACUGGGCUACGUCAGCGCAGGUGAGACUUCAACGGCCGAUAGGAAACAUGGAGGAUCAGUUCAGCCACUUGCCAGUGACCCAGACGCCGCUCAACAAGAAGCUCCUCAGGAUAUCUAACAACGGCGCUGAAGACUUUACCAUCCUAUCCCGCUUCAAGGGCUCCCUCACAGGCGACCCGGAUCCGAGUAACCCCUACGUGAAGCACUACGCCCCUUUCUGUUUGCAAGACCCUCUCGUCGUACAGACCAUCAUGUACGCCUCGGCCAGCUAUCUGCACGAGACCGGCCACCUCCCUCGGACGGCCUGGAUGGCCACAAAGGGCCGCGCCAUCCACAUGCUCAACCAACGCAUCAGCUCCGGCCAGAACCGCACCGCCGCAGCAGGCAGCAGCACCGACGGCACAAGCGACCCCGCCAUCGCGAGCGUGAUCCAGCUCACCGGGGCCGAGUGGUAUUGGGGCGAGAUCGAAGAUGUCCAGCGCCAUCUCAGAGGCUUGCGGGACAUGAUCAGGCUGCGCGGCGGCUUCGACGAGCUCGGGAUGAACGGUAUCUUGGCAAAAAACGCCAUAUGUCACGAUGUCUCCAUAGCCCUCGCGCACGAGAGCAAUCCACUGAUGCUGCAGCCCCGGGAACCCGGCGAAGGCGGCCCAGGCCCGGCGGCGACGGCUUGGCUUGCUGGCGAGGAUUACGCCUUCAACGACCCUAUAAAAGACGUGCCCCUCCGCAUGUCACACUUCGCGCCCUUCGUCCACAGCCUGCCGUCUGUCGGGGCUUUGCCGAGUUUUACGGAGUGCUCGCAGGCUCUCGGUAUCCACCCGGCAACGGCGUCCGUACUCGACAAUGUGAGAUUUCUGUUCAAGGCGGUGGAGGCGGCUUCCACGACGACUAUGACCGAAACGAUCGAUCCGGCUGACGAACCGAGUACGAGGGCGGGACGGACGAAGGCGGCGGCUUCACGGAAGGUACAACUCACGGCGAAAUACCUAUGCGAACACAUCUCAAGUCUACACCCCACGAUACCAGGGCACCGACACUCAUCGCCGGGCGUCUCGACGAGGGGGAAUUCACCGGGGAGCAAUUAUUACGUCGCCGCUGGUGCAGACGAAGGGUCUACGACGCGGAGCGGAAGCAUAUCGAGCAUAGGCACAGCCGGACCUGGCUCCGGGGGCCCGGGUCGCUCGCCGCCGGGGCCGGGGUCCGACUCCACCACAACGCCGGAAUCGUCAUCCGCGCCCGACGCUAGCGAUUCCCCGACGGGCUCUAGACCGACAGGAGUAGUCGCUACCGUAGCGCCUCAACAUCAACUUCAUCAUCAACAGCAGCAACAGGGUCAGCAUCCGGACUACAUGUAUCAUGUGAUCCGAGCGACGGCCAUUGUCUACAGCCGGGCCAUCGCAACCCGGACCCCUCUGAGCGCGGCAUGCACGCAGGCGGACUUCCUGCAGAUAUGGGCGACGACGUGGCGCGUACCCAUGUCGACGUGGAACGGGGCGGUGGGCAUAUUCCACUGGAUCAUGCUGGCCAUCGCGCCGGCCUCGCUCGCGACGCCGCAUGGGCGAUUUGUCAAGAACAUGCUCAUGGUCGGCACCAACUCGCUCGGGGUCGGCAACUGGGCCGUCCUGAUGGGCGCCGCGAAGGCCGGCAUGACGCUGCAGCGUUGGCUCAAGGAUCAAGACGUGGAAGAGGAAGAUGAUGGUGAUGACGGAGGACAAGAAGGAUAG